AUGCACCCAGAAUUCACAGUCCUCUUCAUGCUGCUCUUUGUCCUGCUGUGUAUCCUGGGCCUCCUGGCCAAUGGCUUCAUUGUGCUGGUGCUGAGCAGAGAAUGGGUGCGACGUGGGAGGCUGCUCCCCUCUGACCUGAUCCUCUUUAGCUUGGGACUCUCCCGCUUCUGCCUGCAGUGGGUUGGAAUGGGGAAUAACUUCUACUAUUUCCUGCAUCUGGUCGACUACUGCAGCGGUCCCGCCCGGCAGUUCUUCGGUCUACCCUGGGUCUUCCUCAACUCCGUCACUUCCUGGUUUGGCUCCUGGCUCAGCGUCCUCUUCUGCAUGAAGAUUGCUAACUUUACCCACCCCGCCUUCCUCUGGCUAAAGUGGAGGUUCCCCAGGUGGGUGCCCUGGCUUUUGCUGGGCUCUCUCCUCACCUCCUUCACUGUCACCCUGCUUUUUUUUUCAGGGAACCACGCUUUGUAUAAAGGGUCCUUCACUAGAAAACCUUUCAGGAACAUGACCUAUCAUCAAUGGAGCAGGAUUCUGGAAAUGUACUAUUUCCUGCCCCUGAAACUGAUCACUCUUUCAGUUCCUGGCUCUGUUUUUCUGGUCUCGAUUGCUCUGUUGAUUCACUCUCUGAGGAGACACGCAUGGAGGAUGCAGCGCAGUGCUCACAGCCUGCAGGAUCCCAGUGGCCAGGCUCACACCAGAGCUCUGAAGUCACUAGUCUCCUUCCUUGUUCUUUAUAUUCUGUCUUUCGUGUCCCUGAUCAUUGAUGCUGCAGGGUUCUGCUCCUCAGAGAGUGACUGGUACUGGCCAUGGCAAAUUUUAAUCUACUCGUGCACGUCCAUCCAUCCCUUUAUCCUCAUCCUUGGCAACCUCAGGCUUCGAGGGGCAUUUGGGCAGCUGAUUUUGUUGGCCAGGGGCUUCUGGAUGGCCGAGGUGGUGUGA